AACCGAACUGUGUGUUGAGAAAAGAAACACAAAGAGCAGAGCUGUGUUACUAAUACACUCUAACAGGCCGAUCAGGAGUACAGGUCUUUUAGAAGAGGAGUUUGGACGGCAUGCAAAGUUGUGAAAUAUCUUCAGACAGCACAGAUGAUCCUCUUAGUAGCGGCUUAUGCAGGCAUCGACAACCGCGAAUAGUAGUGAUUGGUGCGGGCCUGGCCGGCCUGGCAGCCACCAAAACCCUCUUGGAGAACGGCUUCACCAAUGUCACCGUGCUAGAGGCCUCGGAUCGCAUCGGAGGCAGAGUGCAAAGCGUUCAAUUCGAUAAAGCCACUUUGGAACUAGGAGCUACCUGGAUACAUGGAGCUAUUGGGAACCCCAUCUACCACCUGGCUGAGGAAAACGGGCUUCUGGUCCACACUACGGAGGACGAACGCAGUGUGGGACGCAUUAGCCUCUAUGCCAAAAACGGUGUGGCUCACUACCAAACCAACAAUGGCAGACGCAUCCCCAAGGACCUGGUGGAGGAAUUCAGUGACCUGUACAAUGAGGUGUACGAGCUGACUCAGGAGUUCUUCCAGAAUGGGAAGCCGGUGGGUGCUGAGACUAAGAACAGCGUGGGCAUUUUCACACGAGACCUGGUGCGGAAAAAGAUCACGAUGGACCCUGAUGACUUCGAAAGCACAAAGAAGCUCAAGCUGUCCAUGCUUCAGCAGUACCUUAAGGUGGAGAGUUGCGAGAGCAGUUCUCCCAGCAUGGACGAGGUGUCUCUGAGUGAGUUCGGAGAGUGGACCGAGAUCCCAGGUGCCCACCACGUCAUCCCAGAUGGCUUUGUCAAAGUGGUGGAACUACUGGCUCGUGAAAUCCCUGCUCGCAUGCUACAACUCAGCAAACCCGUCCGUCGCGUUCACUGGAACUACAGCGGCCACGACGCCGACUCAGAUGCAGCUGACCACAACCACGACCAGCGGCCCGGGCCGGCCCCGGUACGCGUCGAGUGCGAGGACGGAGAAUGGUACCUUGCUGAUCACGUGGUGGUCACAGCCUCUCUAGGUGUCCUAAAGAAGGCCCAUGAAACACUGUUUGCUCCGGCGCUUCCUCUGGACAAGGCCCUGGCCAUCCAGAAGCUGGGCAUUAGCACUACUGAUAAAAUCUUCUUGGAGUUCGCCGAGCCCUUCUGGAGCCCAGAAUGCAACAGCAUCCAGUUUGUGUGGGAGGAAGAGGCUCACCUGGAGAGCCUGGUCUAUCCAGAGGAGCACUGGUACAAGAAGAUCUGCAGUUUCGACGUGCUGUACCCACCUGAGCGCUAUGGUCAUGUGCUGAGCGGCUGGAUUUGCGGAGACGAGGCUUUGCACAUGGAGCGCUGUGAUGAUGAGACCGUGGCCGAGAUCUGCACCGAGCUGCUUCGCAAAUUUACAGGAAAGCAGAACAUUCCAAAACCAAGACGUAUCCUGCGCUCCUCAUGGGGCAGUAAUCCCUACAUCAGGGGUUCUUACUCAUUUACCCGUGUGGGCUCCAGCGGAGGAGACGUCGAGCGGCUGGCUGAGCCUCUGCCCUACACCAAGAGCACCAAGGCUCCACCGUUACAGGUGCUGUUCGCUGGCGAGGCCACACACAGAAAAUACUAUUCCACUACCCAUGGUGCUUUGUUGUCUGGUCAGAGGGAGGCGGACCGUCUUGUUGAGCUGUACCAAGACCUCUUCAAUGCAGAAACCACAAAACCCUAACUACCAGGAUGAAUAAAUCAAAGCAGAACCACUAACUCGUGAUUUUUAAUCUCUGUAUUCUUAAUGACUAAACUUGUAUUAAAAACUAGUAGGGGCAUUAAACCAAUAACAACAAAAAAGAAUCUUGUUUAACAUGUAUGUAGAUUUAUAGAUAUUUAGAUAUUACUGGAGAUGUACUGUACAAGGCUGCCAAGUUUGGUGCCAGCUUUGGUUAUCUUUCACUAACUGUUUUUUAAUUAAUGAGUUAUAUGUUUAUAACACAACUGUAAUUUAACUUUUUUGUAAGUGCCUUCUGUAUUUAAUGGUGUCUUUUAAAAUAAAACCACUGUGGCAAAG